AGCCAUUUUGGCUCGAGCCAGUGAGGUUCAAGUCGUGCCGAAUCGCACCACUCGGGUGCAGGCCACAAAGCAUCAGCAACACCAGGCUCCGUGCACUCGCAUAGAACAGAUGUCUCGCAUCGACCAACUUGUUGCAGUGCACGCCCGCUCUCUGAUUACAAUUGCUGUGUUGGGUGCGCACUUGACGCCAGCGCGUGCUGACUGCAUUGGCGGAUCAAACCCAGAAGAUGUCAUCCGCCAGCUUACUGCCGCACCAUAUUCGAGAUUGGUGCGUCCUGAUAGCGGGGGCCCGCCGACCAAGGUGGCUACCCAGCUCUACCUGGAAUCGCUCAACUCUGUCGACGAGAAGGGCAACGCGGUGGACGUGUCGGGCUAUUGGCGCAUGAGUUGGACGGACCAGCGAUUGAGCUUCGCGUCGGUGGAGGAUGGCGGCUGCUUCGACUCCCUACAUCUGCCCCUUCAGGGCUCUGGGAAUAUUCCGUUAAAAUCACCUGACAUAUGGGUUCCUGACCUCUACUUCUCGACUGCCUUGUCAGAGUCCUAUGGCUCUAAUUUCUUACAGGUGUCCAACACUGGCUCAGUGUACGUGUCGGCCCGCUUCAAGCAUAGCUUCAAGUGCGUUAUGGAUUUCUCCAACAUGCCGUUCGACACGCAGAACUGCACGAUCGAUGUCCUGUCGUACACAGAGGAUGCUUCCUUGGUUGAGCUUGCCGCCAAGGAUGAUCUCGGAAUCGAGCUCCCAGAAGCGGGCGUAGGGCUCCCCGAGUGGACGAUCAGCGAGACCGGCCACAGGUUCCAUGUGCAGCAUAUGGCACCGGGGCCAACGCAAUGCAGUGGCACACGCUCAAGCUGGACGUGGCCCUCGAACGCUCCGCGGGGUACCACAUCAUGAACGACGUCCUCUACGGAAUCCUUUUUGUGGCCAUGUCAUGGACUGGCUUCUUCGUCGCGCGGACGAACGCGCCCGCGCGAGUUGCGCUGUCCCUUCUGCCCGUGCUGACCAUGCUGAACCACAUCCGGGGCGUGCAGAGCCACCUCCCGCGCAUCUCCGAGACGACCUGGCUGAGCGCGUUCCUCCUCAAGAGCCUGGUCUACAACGUCGCCGCGGUUCUCGAGUACGGCCUGGUGUCCUACCUGCUCAGCAUGGAGGAGGAGCGCGCCGCGAGGCUGCGCGUCCUCCGGGCGCUCUCGACGCAGCUCGGCGAUGCCUACAACAGGCAGCUCACGCAGCGCCUGCAGUUCCCUCUGCCUGCGGACGAGGAGGUCGCGGGCGUGGAGGAGGUCGUGGAGGUGGAGGUGGAGCAGGGCGAGCCGCGAGCGACGGUCUGCAGAGGCCUCUCGGGGCUGCAGGUGUCGCGCUUGCUCCGCAGCCACUUUGCGUGCCAUCCGCCCGCGGGCGGCGAGGGCGAGCCGCGAAGGAAGGUCUGCAAGAGCCUCUCGGGCCUGCAGGUGUCGAGCCUGCUGCCGACGCAGCAGCGCACGGUGCAGGCCGCGAUGAGGCUCUUCGACAACGGCGACGGCGUCGUCAGCAGGGCGGAGAUGCGGAGAGGCUUGCGACACUUCGACAUCUACUACACUGCGGAGCAGGUGACAGAGAUCUUCGCAUCGAUGGGAGUGGAGGAUGGCCAGGGGAUGCCCAUGUCCACGUUCCUUAAGUACCUGAAGUCCAUGCAAGAACCUAGCCCGACGUUGCAGAAGGGGUUCCUUGACCGGCCUCCCUCCAUGCAGUUGGACACUGUGAUGCGAUACGGAUUUUUUCUGAGUUACAUCUUGGUGUUGUUGGCUCUGAUCCCAACGGCUACAUCCACUCGACCCUGAUGGCUGCAGAUACCGCGAAGUCGUCGGAUCAAGUUCAUUCAAUUCAGAGCUCGUUUGGUUGGUUUCAAGCUCGCGCAGUGGGGCACAAGACCCUUGAAGCCACGUAAUUAAGUGCGUCCUGAGGACGAGGACCUUCCACAUAUUGCGACUUAGGCACGGACUGGUGGAACAACCAGCGAUUGAGGUGCGGCCAGAAGUGCGGCCUCACUUGGCCAGGCCACAUGGGCAGGCUAGAUUACGUUACCGGGCUUCUUGACGAGGUGGUGGCACACCCGAUUGGCCACAGUUUGCCAGGGGAGUCGGAACUCGCUCGGUUGGCCACCUCAUCCGGGAUGACACCGCGAAGUGAGCCCCAGGAGCUCCGAGAAAACAGGGGCCUUCAUGGACCCUCGUGAUCCCUCGACUCACGCGUCUGUGCGCAGUGUGGCACUCCACUGCUUGCCGAACGCCCCGUGGCGGAUGGGUCGGGUGCGCACACACGGCUUUGCCGAGCGCGCGGGAGGUGCAGCCACGAUCCGACGCGAGACCCAGCCCGAGCCAGGCGGGGCUCGCGCGGAGCGCUGCGGGUAUCCCGAUCGGUUCCCCACAGAAUCUUGAAGUCCAAGGCAGCUUCCGCGAAUACAGGCGUGUCGCGUGUUUGAUCCGCAUCGCCUCGCGCCUGUUCCGCUUCCGCUUCCAGAUCCCCCAGCAUUGCCAUUGGUUUCCGCCUCCAUCCCACCUCUCUCCCAUCCCCGUCCUCCUCUUCAUCUUGCUACACGCUCAGUCCGAGGGAGGGGCCCUUGGCGCGGGCGGAUGUCCGAGCUGUCGCUCCAGAUCGCAGAGGAAUCAUCUACAACAGCACAGCCAAGUAUCAUCAUCCCUCCUUCUGUCGUCCUUCCCCUUCUGUCCUCAUGCUCGUUUCUCAUCCUCCUUUUGCUUAUCAUCUGUCUCCCCAUCCUUGACAUCCUCUUGUCCUCGCCAUGUCCUUGACAUCCUCUUGUCCUCUUGAUCACCACCCUCCCCGUCCUCCUCCUCGAUCACCGUCCUCCUU